AAGUGCGCAUUUCUUCCCACUUACAAACUUCAUUUCAACUUGAUCCAUCGAAGACGCGAUGAUAUCGUCGACUCGGAGAUUUCGGAAACUCCUUGUCGCAACCUGCUUAUGUUUCGCGUUAUUCACACUGCUAUCGCUAUGGCAGCCCGCUAGCCGGAGAAGAUUGGCGCUAUUCACAGGCUCGGGUUUCCGACGCAGUGCAGAGGUGCGAAAUCGAAGACUCGCCGUUGAAGCAGGAUUCCAACAUGCUUGGAAUGGAUAUUCACAACACUGCUUUGGCCGAGAUUCAUUACAUCCUGUAACCAAUGCAUGCGAUGAUGACUUCAGCGGGCUUGGGGCAACGGCCAUCGAUGCCCUCAGCACGGCAAUUCUCAUGGAGAAACGGGACAUUGUCGUACAGAUUCUGGAAUUCAUCGCAGGCAUAGAAUGGACCAGACUGAAUCGACAACAUCAACGCAUACAGGUAUUCGAAAUAAUUAUUCGCCAUCUGGGUGGGAUGAUCUCUGGUUUCGAUCUGCUCACUGGUCCAUUCGCGCAUCUGAAUAUUGAUGAGUCGCUCCUGAACAAGCUCUUCACGCAAAUGGUCGCCUUGGGCGACAUCCUCGCUUGCGCAUUCGACACAGGAAGUCGAGGCGUGCCCAGAAGUUGGCUUGACCCAGCAACGUGCAAAACCGAUGAUGGCCACUCGAACUCUGUCGCAGGGGUCGGCACAAUCAUUCUCGAGUUUGCGCGACUUUCAGACCUCACUGAUGACGACAAAUAUGUCACCCUUGCAAGGCGAGCGGAGCAAUACCUGAUAGAUGUGCAUGCCAACCAAACGAUCCCCGGACUACUUGGUUCAUAUGUGGACAUCGACACAGGAGCAGUGAUCGGCACUGACGGAAGCUGGGGAGCUUUCGCAGACUCAUACUACGAGUACCUUCUCAAGGCGUAUGUCUACGAUCGAGAUGCUUACCCAGACUAUUUGGAAGCUUGGCAGAUCUCAGCAGACUCGACUAUUCAACACAUCGCUUCUCGUCCCUAUGGGUUUCCUGAGUGGAAUUUACUCCCUUCAUGGUCCGGCACGAACCUCCACAACCGAAUGGAAUCGCUGUCUUGGUUCGCCGGCGGAAAUUUCAUCCUCGGAGGAAUGGUGACGAACAACAAAACGCUCCUCAAUUUCGGCCUUUCCGUCGCGGACACUGCAGGUGCAAUCUACAACAUGACGGCCACAGGUCUUGGCCCGGAGUUCGUGGAGUGGGAACCGGAAUGUUACAGUGCUGAGGCCGACUGCGAUCCAAUCAAAUCGAUCAGGCUGGCAGACACGAGCUACAAGUCACGACCCGAGGUCGUAGAGACCUGGUAUUACGCCUACCGUGCCACGAGGGAUCCCAAGUAUCGCGAGUGGAGCUGGGCUGCCUUCGAGGCCAUGAACAAAUACUGCAAGACAGAGUCUGGAUUCAGCGCACUUAGCGAUGUCAACGCGAUUGAUGGAGGCAGCAAAGUCGACCUCCAGGAGAGUUUCGUCUUUGCGGAAGUCCUCAAAUACGUAUAUUUGAUCUUCGCAGAGGAUGAUCUGCCGUUUCAGGUGCAAGACAGUAGAGGUUCCCUUAAGAAUACAUGGGUGUUCAACACAGAGGCGCAUCCAUUCCAGACGAAGGGCUGGCCCGUGUAGUUGCAUCGCCGCGUAUAGAUGUGGAUGAGCACGCAGUCUGGAUAUUUAGCACAACAUUCUUUGCAGUAUUUCAUUAUAUGAUAAGAUUUUCUGAAGGUAUCAGAGCCGAUCUGUGCACUCGAAUACGUCGUGGUACCGCGUAUGACCGAAGAAAAAGUGCGAGCUCGAAACCGCGGAUCGGAGCAUCUCGACUUAAGGACUUGUCUGCUCUCCAUCAUUGUUGGAAAGCUGCGUAACCAAGGAUCAUCUCGGCAGCAUUUCAAGGCGUCUGUUACACCAUGAAGUAAAUUUCCAUCGCAUAAUUUGUUCACUAACCUCAUCGCGAAUCUGGUUCCACUGACC